AUGAAUGGAAAUAAACCCAUCCCACCCAGUAAAGACGACGAGUUGCCUGGAGAACCAAAUAAUACUAGCACUGCAACCGUCAUUAACAAUUUGACUUCAACUGAUAAUCCGACUACAACUGGAUAUAUGACAACAGAAGAUUCAACGACAACAACGACCACAAAAACACGGAAUAAAGUUCUUCUGCAAACAGCAGUUAGGUAUGCGCAAGGGGAGAAUGGCUCCAAUCCAAUACCGGUUCGAUUACUUUUGGAUAGCGGUAGCCAACGUUCCUACAUUACCAAUUCAUUAAAGAAGCGACUCGGUCUGGUUCCAAUACGAACAGAAACUCUUAAUUUAAAUACCUUUGGUGAUGAUCAUUUUAAGAAACGACGUUGCGAUAUAGUCCAGUUAUCGUUGAAGGGAAAUAGUGACAAUCGAAAGAUAACGGUACUUUGUUUUACAAAUCUUUGCUCACCAUUGACAACCACGAUUGAUCUAAGCUUAUAUCCACAUUUGCAAGAGUUACAGCUCUCUGAUCUCAACAUUCUCGAAGGACGACAAAAUGAUAGCAGUUAUAUCGACAUUCUUAUUGGCGCAGAUUAUUAUUUUGAUAUUCUCACUGGCGAGAUGGUACGAGGCGAAAGUGGUCCUGUUGCCGUUAAUAGCAACUUUGGCUGGGUUGUUACUG